CUGUCGCUGAUCUUCAAUUUUCCUGUGCGAAACAGAGUGCAGAUAGAAACCCUCAAAUAAUUCCAAUUUUGCGACAGAUAUGGCUGCUCAAGCAUCAGAAGUCGAUAAAAGAAGCAGUUCUGCAUCCGAUAUGUCAAAUGUACAAAUUGACGAAGAAGUGAGUGUACCAGAUGUCGAAGUGAAGCAUUCUCCAUUUCAGUCGCAACCCAACCUUCGAACCGGCGUGCUAACCAGUGAAGAAGUGAAAGAACUCGGUGAUAAAAUGAGGAAAGAACAGGCCAAGAAGUAUUUUUCACUCAGGGAAGGGGCAUUUGCUAAUGCUGUGGAGGAGUGCAAGGCCUCUUUGGAUGCAAAUGAUGGAGAACUCCUCAGUUCAUGGCUAUUGAGCGAAAUUGACCACUGGGAUCUUGAGAAAGAAAGAAUUGUCUUAAUCACAAAGAAGAGCCUUUGUCUUGUCAAGUACAAUUUUAUUGGACUGAAAGUUAAUGAGAUGAGGAAGAUUCCAUUGAUAAGAUGUGAUAAGAUUCAGAUCGGCAGAUUUGUGUAUCCAAAGACCACAAUGAUGAUUCCACGUCACUUCCAAACUGGUUUACGCGUCUACUUUGGCAAAAACACAAUACCCAGCUUUCUCCAGAACUGGAAUCCAUGGUCACACGAGGUGCCCUUUGUCACUUUCUGCUGGCACAAAGGGAAUGAUGUCGUAAGUGAUCUGCCCCCGCAUAUGCAGCUUGAUCCGUUUCAGGAGUCUCUAAUCCAGGCCAUUACCGAUUCCCACAAUACCCUUCAGGAGGGUGUGGCACAAGACUCUCUCGAGAUUGAGCAUAACGAGCCUAUCAUGAUUGAAGUGUAUUGUGGGAUUUCAUCCAUAUUUCACAACUACGGCAUCCUUGGUUUCAAUCGUGAUCGCGGAAAGUUUGGAUUUUAGGACACUUUGACUCUAAUAGCUGUGAAUAGUAUUGGUUCUUAAUAGUAGAUCAUUUGUUUGAACCGUGGAAUUUCCCUCUCAUGCUGCAAAUAUGUUAUAGCAAACCAGUUAAAACCUGGUUUUGUCAGGAAGUCCUAUUUAUUUUCUCUAAAUUUUAACAAAUCGUGAUAAUGAAGAAUUUAGAUAUAUGAAAAUUCACAUAUUUGCUACACUAAUUUCAAAUCGUGAUAAUGUUGAGGUGAAGUACAUAGCGCAGGAACUUGACUUAGGCUUCUCGGUAAGAAUCAGGUCAACAGGGCGGGUUCGCUAUCUUAGUUGUUCCGGUAGGUUCGUGUGGGUAGACGGGCUGUCCGGCUGAUCGAAAUUUCGGAAAUAGGCCAGAAAUUUCCAACAGGUAUACUCCAGUAAGGUUACUGAGGUAAGCCUCAAACAUCGUCAUUUGUCCCUCACGGCCACCUAGCUGUACCUUCCCAUUUGAACAGGUGACAAAAUUUAUUCCGUUUGUCUGGCCAGCCCGGUUUUCUAGGCUCACCUGAAGAGGCAUUGAGAAGGACAUCAAACGUCUUUACAGACUGGUAGCAUAGGCUAUGUCUUACUGCAUGAAGAGCCAACAGACCACUGCUUUUGCUGCAUGAGCGCGAAGGACUUCGAUAGUUCUCUUGAUGAUGAUGAUAAUAGUAAUAAUAAUAAUAAUAAUAAUAAUAAUAAUGCAAUAAGCAAAGCGAAGAUUGGAACUGUUAUAUUCUUGAGAAAUAUCUGUGUAUACUAAAUAUUAAUUAAUUAACGAUUCAAGAUGUUUGAUGAUUGUAUAAUUUUAAACUCGUGUGAGUAGUAGAUUUUCGCGAGUUGUAAAUAUGGUUUUAUUUACCCCUGUUGAGGUAAAUAU